AUGUUAUCCAUUCCAGAGGCUACUACCACACUCAGAGAGCAGAAGGUGCUGAGGGAUCCAGUCUCUAUCACCUGUGGACACGGGUUCUGCAGACAGUGCAUCACCAGAUACUGGGAGAAACCUGCUCCUUCAGGAGACUAUGACUGUCCUCAGUGUAGAAAGAGAUCCAGAACACGGCCUGUACUACAGCAGCUGAGUCAACCCAAUAAAACAAGAGGCUCUGAAAACAGUAAGACCACUUGCACACUGGAUGACAGCCUGCAGAGAGCUAUAGUAAACCAUAAAGACAGUCUGAAAAGGAGGUAUGAAUGUGUGAUAGAAGGCAUGGAAAAAGCAGGGAACCAAACUCCCCUCAACAGGAUUUACACAGAGCUCUACAUCACCGAGGGAGAGAGUGAAGGGGUUAACAAUGAACAUGAGGUGUGGCAGCUAGAGACAGCAUCCAGGACACCAACCUCACAUGACACAGCAAUCCACUGCAAUGACAUCUUUAAACCCUUACCAGGCCAAGAGAAGCAUCAGAACUGUGCUGGCGAAGGGCAUCGCUGGCAAUCGGAAAAACAGUCUCUACUCAGCCUGAAGAACCAGAAGUAUCAUGGAAGAGAUGAGAUGGAUCAACAGGAGCUCAUGGAGUCAGAUAAGGAAAUUCUUCUGAAGCUGGGGAAGCUGGCGUUUGAAAAAUCUGGAGAAGGGUAA